UGUACACUUUGUAACAUCAUUGUUCAAGGAAUCACAAAUAGAUAUUCCAACUUUAAGCACGUUGCUUGGAGUUCUAGAAGUGAGAUGGGAGAUGUGAAACAAAAUUAGCAAGCAUCAUCGCUCGCCCUCGUUGUGCUUGGCGGCCAGGGAGAGAACGGGCCAUGGAGGCCGGCCGCCGGCGAGAGAACAGAGAGCUGCUUACGGCGCGGCGGAGGCAGCGAUGCGCGCGCGGACACGACGGAGAGCGAGACGUUUUUGGCGGGCAAAGCUUUAGCUAUCCACCACAGCAGAGACCAGAGCCUGCGGACGAAUGGAUAAGGUUUGGUCAGUGGGCUGUGGCGGGCGCGCGUGGCCAGCAGCAAAAGGGAGCGCGACCCACCCGACCGAUCCCGCGCGCACGUAGCCGGCCGCCGAUUCCCACCUCCUUCCCCGCGGAUAAGGCUCCGCCCCUCCGUGCACCGCCGUCGCCGGACAGCCCACGAUGGCAUCUCAGAGGACGGCCACGGCGGCGUGGACCAACGAGGAGGACAAGGCGUUCGAGAACGCGAUCGCGGCCGGCGCACCGCCGCCGCUGGACGGCGUGCCGGAGGACGCCUGGUUCGUGGCGCUGGCGGCCAGCGUGCCGGCCCGGUCGACGGAGGAGGUGCGGCGCCAUUACGAGGCCCUGGUUGAGGACGUCGGCGCGAUCGACGCCGGCCGCGUCCCCCUCCUCCGCUAUGCCGGGGAGGAAUCUUCCGCCGCGGCGGCGACUGCGGCGGCGCCUGGCAAGGACCGGCGCGAGGAUCGGAAGAGCUUCGACUCCGACUCCGGAAAGGGCUGCUCCAAGGCCGAGCAGGAGCGGCGCAAGGGCAUCCCGUGGACCGAGGAGGAGCACAGGCUGUUCUUGCUGGGGCUGGACAAGUUCGGCAAGGGCGACUGGCGGAGCAUCUCGCGCAACUUCGUCAUCUCCCGGACGCCGACGCAGGUGGCCAGCCACGCGCAGAAGUACUUCAUCCGCCUCAACUCCAUGAACCGGGACCGGCGCCGCUCCAGCAUCCACGACAUCACCAGCAUCAACAACGCCGCGCAGGCCGCGCCGCAGCAGCACGGCCCCAUCACCGGCCAGGCCCCCGCCGCCGUGCUGGGCCCGAUCAUGAAGCAUCAUCCCGGGAUGGUGGGCAUGUACGGGGGAGCGCCCAUGGGCCACCCGGUCGCCGGCCACAUGGUCCCCGCCGCCGUCGGCACGCCGGUCAUGUUCCCGCCCGGGCCGGGCCACCCGCCCUACGCCAUGCCCGUCGGCUACCCGGCUCCGCAUCAGUGACCGUGCGCGCCAUGCUUGCUUGCUUGCUCGGUCUCUGCCUGCUCUGGUUCGUGCGCGCGCGCGCGCUGCACACCGGCAUGCAUUUCUUCCUUGAUUGAAUCUUUGAUUCGUUUUGUGUAGCUUAUGCUACUACUAUAUGAUCACAGACCCGGGAAAGGUUCAGAGAGGUAAAUGUAAUUAGCAGCGGCCUCCCGCGACGUAGCUCUUCAUCCCAUCAUUUGCCGGAUGUAAAUUACUUGUAUCUUCUUCUUUCUUCACGUGAAUAAAUUACAUAUGGAUCUGCUCGGA